UCAUAGCUUGGUGCACUAAUCGCAAAAUGUGUUUGUCACUGCUGCCCAUUGCUGCCCAUUCGGGUUGAGCUUUGGGAAGCGGCACAGCGGCCGCAUCCGCUUUGCCAGUCCACUAUCAGCACCGGGAUGGAGCGGUUUGGCCCGCAGCUCACCCUGCUAGUGGCAGCGCUUGCCUGCGUGUCGGCACUCGACACACCACCCGUCCAGCCCGGCAUCUACCGGAAGUAUCUGCGCACGCGCGAACCCUCCCAGCCGGCCGAGCUGCACGUGGAGGAGGUGCUGGAGGUGUUCCGCACCGAGGCGCAACCUUCACGGUACGGCGUGGACAACGCGCUGGUGAAUCGCUUCCUUGCCCGGCAGCUGCUGCUCCAGCUACAGGCCAGUACGUCAACGACGACGACGACGAGGAGGACCACUGCGGCAACGACGACGACGACGACGACAACACAGCGCUCCGAGCACACCACCUUCCGGACGCCGGUGUACGAGAACCAGAACCCGAACUACAACUACCUGUUUCGGCCAUCGAUCACGGCGACCAAAUAUGGCGGCAAGCCGGCAGCGGGCACCAUCGUCAUCAAGGAGGCGGAUUUACUGUCAACGGCGGUACACAAUACGUCGCCCAAUAACCUCUAAGUGUCCCAAACACCAUAAAGAGGACAUAUGGGGCUACUGCCGAAAGGUGGUACAGUUCUGAUCGGUGCUGGCGCUGGUACGACCACGAGUGUUUUUGUUGAAGUUUUGUGUGUGUGUAUAUAUAUUGGAUCCUGCGAUGUUUGCGUCCUCGACAAAACAAAGACAAAAAAGACAAAACAAACAGCAUCGUUGUACCAGUUCUUCCAAGACGCACGACGCAAGCUGCAGCUCAAAAAGCAGACCUACUUUAAACGCUAUUCGUCUAUAAGCCUUACGUUACCCCUAUCAACUGUUAUCAAUUUACGGCACCGCACGUCCAAUGCUUCUGAAUAAAAGCUACCAUCGUUCUAACUACUCUCGGCGUAUCUCGCUCACCUUGGAUCCCGCUCCAGCUCCUUUUGGCGCAUAUUGGAUCAUGCGAUGUUUGCGUCCUCGACAAAACAAAGACAAAAAAGACAAAACAAACAGCAUCGUUGUACCAGUUCUUCCAAGACGCACGACGCAAGCUGCAGCUCAAAAAGCAGACCUACUUUAAACGCUAUUCGUCUAUAAGCCUUACGUUACCCCUAUCAACUGUUAUCAAUUUACGGCACCGCACGUCCAAUGCUUCUGAAUAAAAGCUAACAUCGUUCUAACUA